AUGCCAACCCUACCAAGGUUUGUCGUGGUGACAUCAAACACCAACGGGAAAUACUUGCGCUACAUAGAUGAAGACAUCAAGAACGAUGUGCCAGCAGGGUAUCUCAAGUUCUCUGGACAGGAGGGAGGGAGCCAAUAUGCGAAGUUUGAAGUGGAGAUGGCAAGGAGUAGCGGCAAUGAGGGGCUUGUCCAUAUAAAGUGUUGUUACAACAACAAAUACUGGGUAAGGCGUAGCUCUAGUAGCUACUUGAUCGCUGCUGUGGCGGAUGAACCAGUGGAAGACAAAUCUCAGUACUCGUGUACCUUGUUCGAGCCGGUGUACAUAAAUGAUGAUUUCCUAGUCGGCGAUAAUAAAAGCACAAACCAUAUACCGGUGCUCCGAUUCCGCCAUACCGGACGUGGAGAGUACCUAACCAUUUAUCAGGCCAAUGACAAGCUAAGCGGAGGCUUGUACGUAGAAGAUAAAGACCAUAACCCCAAGUUGUUCGAUGUGUUCACUGUCACCGAUUGGGAAUCGCUGUUCAUGAUGCUUCCCAAACAUGUGGCGUUCAAGGGCCAUAAUGGUAACUUGCUUGGCACCAACUUGAACGAGGUCUUCGCCAGCGCUGAUGUAGGCCUCUCCUAUUCCUCGGGCAAAUUGUGGAGGCUGACCAAGGGCGAUUUGAUCUGCCUUGACGCAGAUGACUCAACCAGCAUCAAGAUUUUUUCCGUCACUGAAAAAAUUACAAGCGACGACUCAGAAGCAUACAACAAGGAGGUGAAAGAGCUUGGAGUUUCAAAGGAGAUCUAUAACGUCACUUUCCGCCUCGGGGACGCCAUGAUCUACAACAAGAAGGUUGUCGAAAUUGUCAUCGGAGAGGUGGUUAACCGUAUCGAAGAAACUCAAAUUUUAGAGCUGAAUUUCUCGAUCAGUGGAGGGGAGAAAAACCGGGACGGCCACAAUAUUCACAUGUAG